AUGUCUUAUUCGAAAUGCCUUACCUUAGAAAAUAUGAAUCCUUGUUUAAAAGAAAUGGAAUAUGCUGUUCGAGGACCACUAUUUAUCCGGGCUGCAGAAAUAGAAAAGGAGCUGAAAGAGGGUAAGAAGAAACCAUUUGACAGGGUCAUUCGAGCCAAUCUUGGUGAUUGUCAUGCUGUUGGUCAAGUUCCCAUCACUUUUUUUCGUCAAAUCAUUGCUCUCAUAGCCUAUCCUGGUUUACUAUCUGAUCCUAACUUUCCCAAAGAUGCUAAAGAGCGAGCGAAAACCAUUCUCAGUGGAUGUAGAGGAUCUUCUAUUGGUUCAUAUACUGAUUCUGGUGGUUUUGAAAUCGUACGAAAGCAUUGUGCUGAAUACAUAGAAAACCGAGACGGUAUUCCUGCAGAUUGGCAGAACAUUAUAAUUGGAGAUGGUGCUAUGGAUGUCAUUAAGGCCGUUAUGGAAUUAUUAAUAAGUGAAAUAAAUGGCAAGAAAGCAGGUGUCAUGGUGCCUAUCCCUCAAUAUCCCAUUUUUUCUGCUAUUAUCAGCAAGUUUAAUAUGCACAUGAUUGGUUAUUAUUUGGAUGAAGCAACAAACUGGUCGUUAAGUGUGUCUGAAUUGGAAAGAGCUGUUAAUGAGGCGAAGAAGUGCUGUAAACCAAGAGCAAUUGUUGUCAUCAACCCUGGUAACCCAACAGGUCAGGUUCUUACUCGAAAGAACAUUGAGGAAAUUGUUAGAUUUGCUCAUAAAGAAAAUCUGUUCAUAUUAGCUGAUGAGGUAUACCAACAUAACAUAUAUGAUGCCAACAGCAAAUUUCUCUCAUUUAAAAAAGUUCUCAUGGAAAUGGGACCACCUUACAAUCAGAUGGAAUUGGCUUCUUUUAUGUCAUGUUCUAAAGGUUACAUGGGAGAGUGUGGGCUUAGAGGAGGAUAUUCUGAAAUAAUUAAUUUAGAUCCAGAGGUCCAAACAAUGUUUAUUAAAUCAAUAUCAGCUAUGCUUUGCCCAAACAACAUUGGACAGGCUGUAUUGGACUGCGUGGUCAAUCCAUUGAAAAAAGGUGACCCAUCCUAUGAAUUGUUUGAAAAAGAGAAGAGUUUUAUUUUAGACUCAUUAAAAGAAAGAGCGAAAAUGGUAUACGAAGGCUUUAAUUCCUGUGAGGGCAUGGCAUGUAAUGUUGUCCAAGGCGCUAUGUAUGCAUUUCCACAAAUAAAAUUACCACAUAAAGCAGUAGAAAAGGCAAAAUCACUAAAUCAGUGUCCAAGUGUUUUUUAUUGUUUUCAGCUCUUGGAGCAAACAGGUAUUUGUGUUGUGCCUGGAGCAGGCUUUGGUCAAGUUGAAGGAACUUACCAUUUCAGGACUACUAUUUUACCACAGCCUGAAGAACUUAAACACAUGCUCAACAUCUUCAAGACGUUUCAUGAAAAAUUCCUUGCUGAAUAUAAGUAA